AUGUGUGUGAGACGAGACUGUCCGCUGAAGACCCUCUUCACGGUCGCGGUCCUCGCGGCCGCCGCGGCCGGAAGCCACGGGCAAGGCCCAAAGGAAAGCAAUGGCAUCAGUAAGAAAACACUGGACCGAGACAGGGACCUCUUCACAGACUCACCAACGCAGGACACAGAGAGCGAAGUCCACUUGGUUACCACUGUCUCCCCAAACAUCCCCAACCACCGGCCAGUCCUCAAGGGCUUGCUGCUUCAUGAGUACCUACUGACAAGGGACUUCCAGGGGGACCAGCACUUUUUUAGGAUGGAUGGCUCUGUGGCUGCAUAUCCCACCAUGCCGGGCUCUGUGUCUGCCUUUGAUGCAGGAGACCCUGCCACUCAACUGGUGCCCCAUGAGGAUGCCCCAGCCUUUUCAGACAUUGCCACUACUGCGACUCUGGCUGCCACCUCUCCACUGACCACAUUCUCUCCCACAACACCAAGGCCACCUAUGUCUCUCCCUCAAAAUAAGUCCUCUAAGGAGAAGAACAGGGGGGCAGACCAGGUAGAGCCAUCAACAGACUCCAUAACCACUCAAGUGACACCAAAUAAUAGAGGUUCAGGCAGUGAAAACAACCCAGUGGCUUACUUAUCCUCGCAGAGAAGUCGGCCUCAAAGGCAGAGUGCUUUUCCUGUAGGCACCACCCUUGCGCCCUUCUCAAUGAGGAUGGAGAAGGGGGAAGCUAGGGAAACACCAGUGAAAUACAAAACCAGUCAUGAUCACCCACUCCCCAACCUAACUGAAGUGUCCCGAGUGGAAGGUAUGACCACAACGUCCACAACUGUUAUCACAACUACCACCAUCAGCAUCACACAAACAUCAGAGUCAUGCGGUCUGAAUUUCACUGACCCUGAGGGUAACAUCGAAAUCCUGCAGCAACUUGACUCUGGAGUGGAGUGCAACUACUUGGUGACUGUCUACCUGGGAUAUGGCAUUGAGGUUCAGGUGCUAAAUGUGAGUGUGUUGGAGGGAAAGCAGGUGACAGUGGAGGAUACGGGUGGCCGAGAACCCUUUCUCCUUGCCAAUGAGUCAGUCUUGAUGAGGGGCCUCGUACUACGCAGCUGGAGCAACCAGAUCUCCAUCCGUUUUCGUAGUGACCAGCAGUACAGCUCUGGAUUCCUCCUGCUGCAUUACCAAGCCUUUGUGCUGAGCUGCGCAUUCCCCAAAGAGCCUGCUGGUGGAGAAGUAUCGGUGACACACCUCCAUGCUGGGGGAGAAGCCUAUUUCCGUUGUUUCACCGGCUACAAGUUGCAAGGCCCCAAAAUGCUCACAUGUCGCAAUGCCACUACACCUUACUGGAGUGGAAAGGAGCCUCAAUGUGUAGCAUCCUGUGGGGGAAUGAUAAAAAAUGCUACCUUUGGUCGUAUAGUCUCUCCUGGUUUCCCUGGCAACUACAGCAACAAUCUGACAUGCCACUGGGUCCUGGAGGUCCCUGAAGGCCAUCGGCUUCAUAUUCACUUUGAGAAGGUGGCUCUGGCAGAGGACGAUGACAGGCUGCUGAUUAAGAAUGGCAACAACAUAGACUCUCCCCCUGUGUAUGACUCCUAUGAGGUAGAGUAUUUGCCCAAUGAGGGUGUGCUCAGUACUGGACGUUACCUGUUUAUAGAGUUCACCACAGACGGAACAGUAACUUCCACUGGUGCAGCCAUCAGAUAUGAAGCUUUUGCAAAAGGUAUGUGCUACGAACCCUUUGCGAAAUAUGGCAACUUCAGCAGCAGUGACUCCACUUACGGUGUGGGUGCAGUGGUUGAAUUUUCAUGUGAUCCCGGCUACACGCUAGAACAAGGCUCCGUAGUGAUUGAAUGUGUGGACGCCCAAAACCCACAGUGGAAUGAGACUGAGCCAGCCUGUAGGGCUGUGUGCAGCGGGGAGAUCACAGACUCUGCCGGUGUGGUGCUGUCUCCUAAUUGGCCUGAGGCCUAUGACAAGGGGCAGGAUUGCAUCUGGGGUAUCCAUGUGGAAGAAGACAAGAGGAUCAUGCUUGACAUCCAAGUACUCCACGUGGGUAAGAAUGACCUGCUGACCUUCUAUGAUGGUGAUGACCUCACAGCCAACAUCCUGGGUCAGUACAGCGGCACGCGGCCACACUUCAAGCUCUAUACGUCCAUGGCUGAUGUCACUAUUCAGUUUCAGUCAGAUCCUGCCACCAACAUCUAUGGCUACAACAACGGCUUUGUGGUGCACUUCUUUGAGGUGCCAAGGAACGACACCUGCUCUGAGCUGCCGGAGAUAACCAAUGGCUGGAAAAGCACAUCCCACCCUGAUCUAAUCCACGGUACUGUCAUCACUUACCAGUGCUACCCUGGAUAUGAGCUGGUAGGCUCUGAGAUCCUCAUGUGCCAGUGGGAUCUUACUUGGAGCGGUGACGUGCCGAGAUGUGAGGAAGUUAUGACGUGUCAGGACCCUGGAAAUGUGGAGCAUAGUCGUAAGGUGAUCACAGGCAGCCGCUUCACGGUUGGAUCGACAGUGCAGUUUAUCUGCAAUAAAGGCUACAUCCUGUCUGGCAGCAGCCUCCUCACCUGCUACAACCGAGAUUCAGCCACGCCCAAGUGGAGCGAGAGGCUGCCCAAGUGUGUCCCUGAAAAGUACGAGCCAUGCAGGAACCCCGGCGCUGCCUCCACCAGCGUGCAGAGCUCUGAGAAGGCCUUCUACCAGGCAGGAGAGACACUGACCUUCUCCUGCCACUCAGGCUACGAGCUGCAGGGUGAGGCCACCAUCUACUGUGUCCCUGGACACCCGUCACAGUGGAAUAGCACUCCCCCAGCCUGCAGAGCAUCGUCAACCCAGCAUGUGAACGAACGCAGGUUAGAUGCUGUUAAUAGCAAUUAUGACAUGGAGGGAACCAAUAUUGCCCUUGCAGUUUUUAUUCCAACUGCAAUCAUCUUGGUGGUUGUCCUCGGGAUAUAUGUCUACUUUGCAAAACUGCAGGGGAAGGCUAUCAGAAUGCCAACAUCCUCGCCACCAUAUGACAAUAUGACAGAAGAGUCAGAUUUCGACAACCCUAUAUAUGAGAGUGGAGUAAGUACAGAUGUCAUGAGCAUGCAAGACGUGGAUUCACAGAACACCAGUGUGCUGUCCUGAUCCUUUCCCAUAUGGCUGUCACCCUGUCCUCAUCUCAUCUUUUGCCAGCAGAGGGCACCUUCCACCUCAUGCUUCCUCACUAUGUCAGUCAUCAGUAAGGGCUAAUGGUAUUAGCCGAUGAUGUUGCUCAUAAAAAUAUAAAGAGAGAACACGUUCCCCUCAAACCACUCUGAGUUCAGAGCUUAUUUGCUUCCUGGAUUUCCACACUUCAUCCACUUGGAGGAGUGACACUAGCACGUUGGCCUUACAGUGUGUUGUUCACAUUGUGGUAUGUUAUCUCUUACCCAUGUCAUAUGCAUGUAUCAUGUUGCAUGCUGCAUUCACACCAGGUGGGUAAAUGCACAUUUUUUGGUCUAAACUGCUCUGGACAAAUGGAACUGUGGUUUUAUUUAAAAAGAACAGUAUCAAUCUUUCAUAGAUGUUAUUCAUUUGAAAUGAAUAGAUUCCACACAUCUAGCAAAGGUGUGAUGGCAGGCUUCACUUUGUCAAAGACAAUGGGCCAAUCACAGAAAUCGCUAUUUUACUUUGAAAAGAUAUUCAGUCAUUUUAAGCUUUCACUGUAUCUUCCAGUGCUUAUGUUUCCAACUGACUGAAAAUUCACAACACUGUAUAGUAUAUAUACAGUUAACCCAACUACGAUAUAGCUAUAGGCUGCUGUGUGAGUAGUGACUAUAUGUAUAUGAGUCUUUUAUUGUUCGUUAUUCUUUUCAUGUGCUGGUCUCAAUCGUGACCGGCAGGACCUUUCAUCUUUUUUUUCCCCUGCUCCUUCAGCACUGGCAGACUCAUUCUAGAUACUAAACCGAGUCAGUCUGUCCAUUUUGGCUGUACUACAGAACAACUAUGAGGUGAGAUCUCCUUCUGACGCUGAGAGCACAUCUCACUCUCUGUCCACUGACCCUUCAGCCACACAUUUUUGACUACCUCUCCCAACCUGCCGCACAUUCUGAUCUAGUUUCAGUGUAAAACUUCAAUUGGCACUUUGUAGGCAUAUUUAUCUGCGACAGAUCCAGUCAUUCUGCUCUUACCUUCUUGAGACUUUAUGUCUAAAACUACAUUUCUCUAUUUACAAUUAGAAAUUGCCUAUGGAGAAAUACAAAUCGUUUUUGUUUACACCUACAAUAAUGGACAAAAGAAAAGAAGCUUGUUUGAAGCCACUACUCUCCCUCGCUGCAUCGCUGUCAUCCUAAAAUUUCAGUAAAGCUGAUAAUGGUGUUGCUUUAUCAUACAAGAAAAACUGUAUGCGUGUUUGUAACAUCAAUGUCACAUGCAUACAGGUCAAAUUUUGUUAAUAGCUUUUGCAGAACCUUACUUUAGGGUAUAUAACUGAUUAUCUAGUUUGAUAAAGUAGCUGAAGUUGCCUACAGAUGAAUAAAUGUAGAAAAGAUGGGGAAUAAUUGGGAUAAACAAUUGUUAAAGACUAUUUUGAAACAAAGUUUGAAACAAAGUUAAUGUACAUACAGCAUUUACAAAUUACCACACAAAAGGCAAAGGUAUUACUGAUACAGGAGCAACGGGAGGUUUGUCAAUUACUUGAUGACACUAUUGAUAAUAAAUAGUAAUGAGUAAUAAAUAAUAAUUUAUAACUGUCCACCCUAAAGUAAAGUACCAACAUAUCCAACAAUCUGUCUUCUCAUAAUGUAAUUGUUUCUGUUUUGGUCAUGUUCAUAUUGAAUUGUUGCUAUUGCAGUGUAUAUUUUCUCAUUUCAGGUUUAAUAAGUAUUUUAUAAUAAGUCGAGUAGUAACUGUGGAUAUACCUGUACUAUAAAGUUUUUUUU